AUGUUAUGGAGGUGCAGACGCCGUGUGCAUGUGAGCCUCCUCCUGCAGGGACCAGAGAACCCAGGACCAGAGGAUCCAGGACCAGAGGAUCUAGGACCAGAGCUUACAGGACCAGAGGACCCAGGACCAGAGGACCCAGGACCAGAGGACCCAGGACCAGAGGACCCAGGACCAGAGGACCCAGGACCAGAGGAUCUAGGACCAGAGCACACAGGACCAGAGGAUCCAGGACCAGAGGACCCAGGACCAGAGCACACAGGACCAGAGGACCCAGGACCAGAGGACCCAGGACCAGAGGACCCAGGACCAGAGGACCCAGGACCAGAGGACCCAGGACCAGAGGACCCAGGACCAGAGCACCCAGGACCAGAGCACACAGGACCAGAGGAUCCAGGACCAGAGCUCACAGGACCAGAGGACCCAGGACCAGAGGACCCAGGACCAGAGCACACAGGACCAGAGGAUCCAGGACCAGAGCUCACAGGACCAGAGGACCCAGGACCAGAGGAUCUAGGACCAGCGCUCACAGGACCAGAGGACCCAGGACCAGAGGACCCAGGACCAGAGCACACAGGACCAGAGGACCCAGGACCAGAGCACCCAGGACCAGAGCACACAGGACCAGAGCACACAGGACCAGAGGAUCCAGGACCAGAGCUCACAGGACCAGAGGACCCAGGACCAGAGGACCCAGGACCAGAGGACCCAGGACCAGAGCACCCAGGACCAGAGCUCACAGGACCAGAGCACACAGGACCAGAGGAUCCAGGACCAGAGCUCACAGGACCAGAGGACCCAGGACCAGAGGAUCCAGGACCAGAGGAUCCAGGACCAGAGGAUCCAGGACCAGAGGAUCCAGGACCAGAGGAUCCAGGACCAGAGCUCACAGGACCAGAGGACCCAGGACCAGAGGACCCAGGACCAGAGGACCCAGGACCAGAGGACCCAGGACCAGAGCACACAGGACCAGAGCACACAGGACCAGAGGAUCCAGGACCAGAGCUCACAGGACCAGAGGACCCAGGACCAGAGCACCCAGGACCAGAGGAUCCAGGACCAGAGGACCCAGGACCAGAGCUCACAGGACCAGAGGACCCAGGACCAGAGCACACAGGACCAGAGCACACAGGACCAGAGCACACAGGACCAGAGGAUCCAGGACCAGAGGAUCCAGGACCAGAGGAUCCAGGACCAGAGGAUCCAGGACCAGAGCUCACAGGACCAGAGGAUCCAGGACCAGAGGACCCAGGACCAGAGCACACAGGACCAGAGGAUCCAGGACCAGAGCUCACAGGACCAGAGGACCCAGGACCAGAGCUCACAGGACCAGAGGAUCCAGGACCAGAGCACACAGGACCAGAGGACCCAGGACCAGAGCACACAGGACCAGAGGAUCCAGGACCAGAGCUCACAGGACCAGAGGACCCAGGACCAGAGCACACAGGACCAGAGGACCCAGGACCAGAGCACCCAGGACCAGAGGACCCAGGACCAGAGCACACAGGACCAGAGGAUCCAGGACCAGAGCACACAGGACCAGAGGACCCAGGACCAGAGCACCCAGGACCAGAGGACCCAGGACCAGAGCACCCAGGACCAGAGGACCCAGGACCAGAGCACCCAGGACCAGAGGACCCAGGACCAGAGCACCCAGGACCAGAGGACCCAGGACCAGAGCACCCAGGACCAGAGGACCCAGGACCAGAGCACCCAGGACCAGAGCACACAGGACCAGAGGAUCUAAGACCAGAAAUAUAA